GUAUAUUAGAGCUCCACAGGAUAGGGUUGUAUAAUUCUAUGCUGCCAUAUAGUGACAUAGGUGAUAUUGAAUAUUUUCCCCACCACGAAAUAUGCCCAAAUCUUCCCCAAUUUCAAUUUUCAAUGCAACCUCAGAAAUUCCCUUCUUUUUUAAACCAACCCUCCUAUUUCCCAGUUCCCACCACCUUCAUGAGUCGUGACCCUUCUCCCCUAUAAAUACAUCUCCUUCCCCCAACUCGCCUCCUCACAAACCCUAUCUCCUCUCUUUCUUUUCCCCCAAUGCUGACCGCCACACAUUUCUAGAUAGAUAGAUAGAUAGAUAAUCACUAUACUCUUUCUUUUGUUUGGGCCUUCUUCUUCCUUCAAAACCCUGCUGUUUAUUUUUGUCUGCCAUGCUUGAAUAACUCGAAAGGACACUAUUUCAAUUCAUUCAUUUUUUCUGGGUUUUGAUUCUUUUUCAUUUUUAGGCUAACCCAAUUCUGGGUUUUGAAUAGCAUCCUUCUUGUUGCCCCCAUUUUGUUAUUGGGUCCAUGGAAGCUGGGAUUUUGGUGUCUUCCCCAACCUCUUCCUCGCCUCUAUCUACUCCCAUUCCCUCUGUGAUUCUAACCCAGGACGAGUUGAAGAAAAUCGCAGCCUACAAAGCCGUGGAGUAUGUCGAGUCUGGCAUGGUCCUCGGCCUUGGCACCGGCUCCACCGCUAAGCACGCCGUGGACCGAAUCGGUGAGCUUUUGCACCAGGGAAAGCUCCAGAACAUCGUCGGAAUACCCACUUCUAAGAAGACCCAUGAACAAGCUCUGUCCGUGGGAAUUCCAUUGUCGGACCUCGAUUCGCACCCUGUUCUUGAUCUCGCGAUCGAUGGCGCCGAUGAGGUCGAUCCCCAGCUCAAUUUGGUCAAAGGCCGAGGUGGGUCGCUAUUGAGGGAAAAGAUGGUUGAAGGUGCUUGUAGGAAAUUUGUGGUUAUCGUUGAUGAGUCCAAGCUUGUUAAGCAUUUGGGGGGCAGUGGGCUCGCUAUGCCGGUUGAGAUUGUGCCUUUUUGCUGGAAAUUCACGGCCAAAAGGCUGCAAGACUUGUUUGAGGACGCGGGUUGUGUUGGAAAGCUCAGGACUUUUGGUGAAAAUGGUGAGCCUUUUGUGACAGACAAUGGGAAUUACAUUGUGGACUUGUAUUUCAAGAAAGAUAUUGGGGAUUUGAAGGCAGCCAGUGACACAAUUUUGCAGCUUGCUGGAGUUGUUGAGCAUGGAAUGUUCCUGGACAUGGCGACCACUGUGAUUGUCGCAAGCGAGCUUGGUAUCACGGUGAAGAAUAAGUAGUAGGUCAUGAAAUUUCGGAGCUAGUUCGAGAUGGGCAUCUAACUUAUUACAUGUAGGAGCAAUUUAUAUGGACUUGGUUUCCAAUCGAACUGUCGAAAACUGGGUCUUUAUUGUAACGAGGGAAGUUUUUUCUUCUAGAAUUAAUUUAUACUAUUUUUUGGGAGGGUCUCCUAACAUUUUGAUAUUUGCUUUGAUCCAUUGAGCAAGAAGUAUUACGAAGUUUGGAUUUUUGGGUAGCUGAAUGACUGGCAGUUUAUGUUUGAUGAUGGCUGUCAUGUUGCUUUGAUAUAAACUCGACCGCAUUAGUAAUGGAAUGUUCUCACUUUUUACAAAUAGACAUCCAUGAAUUUGAAUGGAAUGGUUCAGAUUUUCAAUUGCAGUUACACACUGUGUAGUUACUAUCAUUGAAUUGCAUAAUCUUUGUAUUCUCAUCAGGACUAUUUUUCACCUUGUAAAUGAACUCAAGAUCAGAAAAGGGUACCUAGAGUUAUAAUUUUUUCCAUUGAAAUUGUGCAGUAAUUCUUAGCCCCCAGAUAAGUGAUUUGGUCGUUACAAAGGUGUUCUUUUCAGUGCGGAGAACCCAUGGACGGGGAGAUGUUCUCAUUGAUAUGCAGCUUUGUGAAAUGGAUGCAAAUACUAUUUAGGAGAUGACUAUCAACGUGGGAGUUGAGACCAGAACAAUACGACGAAUGAAAAUCUUGAUCAAGGAAUAUGCAUUGAACCUCAAAUGGCAGGGGACACGGUGAAAGAGGAAAGAAACAUUUCUUUCUAGAUUAUGGUUGGCAAAUCUGAAGAGAUUGUUUGUUGCGCAGAAGCAGGUUGCACAACAGUGUCCAGGGUGUUGAUGGGCAAUACUUGCAAGUGAAAAUAUAACAAGGAAAUUCUACAGAGUCCCGAGCUUUAUCCUGGUUUUUACUAUGAGAAUUGACAGCGGCAACCCCAUGAUGCUAUGGAAGUUAUUGGCCAGACAAAUUCACCCAAGAUAUGCUCAUAAUGUUCCUCUCCCUUGGAAUGGUGGGGAGGGAGCAUUUGAUUCUUCCCAUGGUAGUUAAUGUCAAGAUGUCAUCUUCAUUGCUUUCUAACUUUUAACACGACUCGACUUUGGGAUUCUUUCGAGGAGCCUGUCUGCAAAGUAAACAAGAUCUCUGGUAUAUGCUCAUUCUUAGUUUGUAGACAGCUUUGCUCACGUUCAUUCUUGUCUCAUAGGCCGUACUUUUUAGAGGUUUGGUUAUCGUCAGAUUAAUCUGUUAAGCAAUGCUUUCCCCACAAAACAAAAUGAACACAACUGGAAAUGGUUUUGAGAUUAGGAAAUGGACAAUUGUCAAUUCAUUUGUGUUGUGUCAUUCUUGACCUAUGCCUGAUUGCAGAUACCCUCAGUUUGCUGGUUGAGGGUGCCUGCAAGAAGGUUGUAGUCGAUUUGUUGUGUUUGGCUGAGACCAUACUUUCAAGUAAUCAAUAUAUUUUGCAGCUCC